CUCCAAAUCUGGCUCCCAAACCUACUGGAACUUCACCAACGCCUCCGGAUCCAAACCCGGUCUCAUCCAAAUCUGCAGCUGCUCCGGCUCUCACCCCCAAACCAUCAGGACCGCCAGCCGCCACUGCCACUCCGGUUCCAGCCAAACCCCCCGUCACAGCACCGGCUCCAUCCCUGAGGAAAAGCCCCGUGAUCCAACAUAAAGCAGAAACUACCAGAGCUGCAAACCCCUCAGACCCUCCUCUUCCUCGUCGGCCCUCAGGUGAAAAGCUCCUCCCCCUCCGUCCUCCACCAAUCAAGUCCAUUCCCGGGCGACCGCCGCCUCCGUCCGUCAACUCGACCUCCUCAGCCAACCAGGUCCCUCUGCCUUCCAAAGCCACUCCCGCUCUCUCCGUGUCACCAGCCGCCCAGAGUUCACAGACCACGCCCCAUCCCGUAACAGCCAAUCAGCUGCCUGCUCAGAGGGUCACAAAAAGAGGACCCCCUCUGCCCCCUCGGCCUAAACCUGGACAUCCUCUCUAUACCAGCUACACG